AACCAUUGAGAUGUAUAUAAUGUAUAUAACAUAGUAAUUAAGAGGUUCUGACAUAGUAAGGCAGUAGCUAGACGGGUUUACGUGUGGAGAAAAUUAAUUAAAAAUUCCAAGAUGAAAUUCGCACUAUCCUUGGUUAUCCUAUCGGUGCUGGCCUUCAGCGAGGCUGGCCUGCUGAAGGACCCCUCCAACGCCAACUCCUCCAGAGCCAACCUCAACCACGGCUCCAUCCAGCCUGGCGACCAGCUGCUUUACAGAACAAUCUUUCGAAGAAAUGGCAUUGCCUGGACGGUCCAGACUCAUGACUUCGUCUACCAAGGCAACGAGACCACCAGUAUCAGUGCAGUGAUAUUCCAAGAGGUUGGCAACACCCAGCACGCGAACCCCAGGGUGAUCGCUGGAGGCAGGGGCUUCAACCACGUCACGGUGCGCGUCCAGACUGCUAGGGGAUGGGGAUUCACCUUCCAGGUCGACAUUUGGGGGCAAUAGAUACUAACCCUCUCUCUGAUGUUUUGCUGUGCCCUUGCAAAUUAUAACGUGACAUGCAAUAAACGUGUUCAAUUUGAUAUGAUAUUUAGCUUCAAAUGGAAACUGAUGAUUGUGAAUUUGAUAUGAUAUUUUAGCUGCAAAUGGAAACUGAAUUUGAUGUUAUUUUCUAAGCAAUAUUUUUUACAAUAAACCAAACAAUUACUGAAAUUA